AUGCCAUCCUUGAAACGCUCCUCGGAGUUUUCGGACUCUAAGCUCCAGAGCGACGGGGACUCUGAGAUUCCUGCUUCUUCAGACCCCGCAUCGCACUCGAGAAAACGAGCGCGCAGCUCUGCACUACUCACUUUGGAUGCGCCAGGAACCAGUCCCGCCGGUUCUCCAUCUCCGACCCGCUCCCCCUCCCGCGACGAUGGCCUGCCCGAAGACGAGGAGGAUGAGGCAGACCUUGAGCUUCGCCAGACUCAGAUCAUCCAAGAGAAAUACGCGCAACAAAUCGACGAAGCGAAUGUACCCGCUGAGCAUGGCAUUCUCGAGCGCGUUGAAUGCUUCAACUUCAUGUGCCACAAUCACUUCUCCGUCGAGCUCGGACCCUUGAUCAAUUUCAUUGUCGGAAAGAACGGCAGUGGCAAGAGCGCGAUCCUGACUGCAAUUACAUUGUGUCUGGGUGGUAAAGCAUCUGCGACGAAUCGUGGCCAAAGUCUCAAAAGCUUUAUCAAAGAAGGCAAAGAGAAUGCGUCCAUCAUCGUGCGCAUCAAAAACCAGGGCGAUGGCGCCUACAUGCCUGAUGACUACGGGAAAUCUAUCAUUGUCGAGCGUCAUUUUACAAAGAGCGGCUCCAGUGGCUUUAAGAUCAAGAACGAGCAAGGGCGGAUCGUCUCGACACGAAAGGCUGAGCUGGACGCCAUCACCGACUACUUCUCUCUUCAAAUCGACAAUCCAAUGAAUGUCUUGUCGCAGGACAUGGCUCGCCAAUUCCUCAGCAGCUCCAGUGCCGCGGAGAAAUACAGGUUUUUUGUCAAGGGUGUGCAACUGGAGCAGUUGGAUCAGGACUAUCGCUUGAUCGAAGAGUGUGUCGACCAGACUGAGGAGAAGCUCCGAUCUCAGGCGCCGAAUCUGCAGUUGUUGGAGAAUCAGAGAAAUCUUGCUAGAAAGAAGCUGGAGCUUUCUGAUCAACAAGACACCCUCAGAGAGCGCAUCAGGAACUACAGGAAUCAAAUGGUCUGGGCCGAGGUCGAGGACCAUGAGCGAAUCAGGGACUCCCUCACCAACGAAAUUGUCAAGGCGGAUGAUGUGAUAGCCCUAGCAGAGGCCGAGCUUGUCCGCUUUGAUGAUGCUCUUCAGGCUGUGGACGUCGAGCUUGAGACAGCUACUGAGCUUCUCAACCGUGCGUUACGCUCAGUGGAGGAUCGUCAAAGAGACAGAGAAGUUGUGAUCGAGGAAACGAAGGCUCUGACGGGAGAGACCAACAAUGUCCUUGCCGAAGAACGCGCAAUGAAAAUCGCAGUCGACGGUGCAGAGUCUGCGCUGAAAGAUGCCGAGAGAAAGAUCGAAGAGGAAGAACAUCGCCUGACUGAGGUCAGCAAUGGCGGUUACGCUCGGAAACAGGAGGAGUGUGAGCAGGCUCAGGCUCAAGCCGCUGCAGCACGGGAUGAAUAUCAAUCUCGUGAGAGAGGUCACACCUCGCUGCAUCAAGCCAUUUCUAGCGCCGAGGCCAAAGUGAGAGCUGCAGAUAGCCAGAUCAAAGCCAAGCAAAUGGAUUUCCACCAAGCCAAAACCCGGUUGCAGGAGCUCAAAAGAGACAAUGCACGGGUCAGGGACGGCUUUCCUGACAAGUUGCCAUCGCUGCUGAGAGCGAUUGAACAAGAGAGAUCGUUUGGAGCUCGGCCAAUCGGACCAGUCGGGAAGUAUAUCACUCUGCUUAAGCCGAAGUGGGCUUCUAUCAUCGAAAAUACCCUUGGUACAAGUCUGAACAGCUUCGUGGUUGAGAAUCACCGGGACCAAAAGAUUCUCAGUAAUGUCAUGAAGCGGGUUGGCUGUCAUUGCCCUAUCUUAGUCGGAACCAACAAAAAUAUCGAUACAUCAAACUAUGAGCCCGACAGUCAAUACGACACGAUCGAGAACGAUUCAAUCCGUGGCCAUCUAAUUGUCAGACACACAAUUGAGAAGAUGCUUUUGGUUGAAAAGCUUGAGGAUGCUACAUCACUCAUGUUCAAUGGGGAAAGACUCAAGAAUGUUGCACGCUGCUUUAGCAUCGAUUCGCGCGAUCAGCGGCGAGGUAUUCACUUGUCCUAUAAUAGGGAAGGUGGUCCCAGUCAGUCUCCUGUCGCGGCAUACAAAGGCUACCCUCGCAUGAAGUCCGAUGCCGCUUCUCAAACUCGCCACCAGGAACAGGUCGUCCAGCAGCUUAAACAAGAACUGGACAUCCUUCAGAAAGAGUACGACGCCGCUGAGGCUCAUUUGCAAACUUGUCGACGAAAUCAAGCGAAUCACCGUCAGGAGAUUGGGAGACUCAUGUUGAAAUUGCAGCAACUCGAAGAUCAUGCCGAAUCACUCAGAGAUGCGCUCGAGAAUUCAGCGGAUGGCCAGCUUGAUGCGCUCAUCAGCAUUCGCGACAAAGCGCAAGCUGAUCUGCAACACCAUCAAAGCAUGUUCGCAGAAGGCCGACGAGUCAAAACCGAGAAAAUGAAUCAAUUGAAGCUCAAACGACGAGAGGAGAAAGAGAUCGAGGAUCACUUGCGCCAGCUGCAAAAUAACCUUCGGAUUGCUCGUCAGGAGCAGAAAAAGGUCGAUGACAAACGCCAUCAAAUCAUCAGCAGUAAGAACCUCGCGUUAUCGCAUAUUGAAGAUUACAAAAGGAGUCGAGACCGCAUCAGAGACAAGCGUGAUCAGGUCGAGGCUCGAUUACUUCAAGACAUCGAGAAGGCUAGCAUGGUCACCCCGCGAGUUGCGAUUGACGAGGGUGAAACUUUGAGUAGUUUGGACAAGAAGUUGGACAAGCUAAAAGCCGAUCUCGAACGGCACAGCAACCGACUGGGUGCAACUAGAGAGGAAAUCGCAAUUCAAGCUUCUGCAGCAGAAGCGAAGUACCAGCGUGCGCUGAAACAGGUGGAAGAGGCGACUGCACUUGCACAGAUCUUCAAGGAUACCUUGACCAAUCGCAAGAAGCGAUGGGAGAUCUUUAGAUCGCAUAUCUCAUCCCGUGCCAAAGCUCAAUUUACCUACCUGUUGAGUGAACGCAGUUUCCGAGGUCGACUGCUCACGAAUCAUCAAGAGAAACUGCUUGAUCUUCAGGUUGAGCCGGACAUCACAAAGGACAAUGACGAAGGCCGUGGAGCCAAGACACUCUCCGGUGGAGAAAAGUCGUUCUCUCAAAUUUGCCUGCUUCUUGCCCUUUGGGAAGCCAUGGGGUCUCCGAUCCGAUGUCUUGACGAGUUCGAUGUGUACAUGGAUCAUAUCAACAGAAGAAUGGCCAUUGAUAUGCUUAUGAUUGCCGCUCGAAGAUCCAUUGGACGUCAAUUCAUUUUAAUUACCCCGGGAACCAAGACCGACAUUACUCUUGCCCCGGAUGUUCGAGUCAAGGAGUUGGCCGAACCCGAGCGUGGUCAGACAACCUUGCCUUUUUCAAGAUAA